AUGUUCUCCGUCGUGGUCCCAGGCCGCCCGUGUCUAACAGACAUCAUUGCAGUAGACAGCCAUUUGAACGGGCAAGCAACCAAAUUUGCCUUCACAAUCCCAAUCAGUGCAUCUCUCAGCGACAUAGUUGUCUUUAUGCUACCAGGAGCAACCCUCCCACCAAACACCGGCGCCGCAAUCUACGCCCAACUCCCAGACCCGACCACCGGCGAACCCUCCGACUUCCGCUUCGUGGGCGCAUUGGCAAACGAAAAGCCCUCAGGCAUCUUCACCGUGCGUCCACAAGGUCGUGCUCCCCGCCGCUCGGAAGCCGAGGAAGAAGAUGACAUGCUCGACGAGGACACUGCUGUAACGGGCGUCAUGACACUGGGCAUUUCGAUCGAAGAAGCGCAGAAUAUCGCGCCGCAGCUUGCCUCCCUGGAAUCGGAGCGCCCAUCGGGUAGAACGUCUAUGGCGUUGGUUUCGCAAUCUCCGGCGCAGAAGCAGAUCUCGACGAAGCUGCUGGCGCAGCGCAUUAUUGGGAACGCGUUUAAUUUCCUCGCUAGCUUUGCGGAGAAUGAAAAUGGUCAGGAUGUCGUGCCGCUGAAGAGCUUCCAGAAUUGGUGGGCGAAGUUCGAGCGCCGCAUUGAGGCAGAUCCUUCGUUCUUGGAGCGCGAGGAUCCUAAUGCUAAUUGA